GAGUUGAUCACGUGACCGAAACCAGCAAGGAGCAAGUCACGGUGACAGGAGUUGAAGAAGAUCCUUGUCGCUUGUUAGCUCCGCCCCUUGCUGACGCGCUGUUCUAAGAUCACCACACUUGGUAGAGCAGGUAGGGGGGAGUCUAGAAAGCUCUGACCGCAGUCGCGGCUUGCGUCUUGUAGUUUUCUUAAGUAACCCCCCCCCCCCCCUUGUUCCUUUGAGAUGUCCCAGCGACUUGCUUGUAGCGGCCGGCUUGGCUCUGGCUCGGCGGCAGGUGGAGCUGCGGCGGCAGUAGUAGUCGCAGUUCCUUCAGUAGCAGGUGUAAGCACUGUGCCGGCCGGCGACCUCCUGCGAGUCUACCCUCUGCCCCCCGGCCACAAGCGCCACGAGCCGGCACACGCCGCGGCGGUGGCUCUGGACCUCCCCCGCCCGCUGGGAACCGGGGAGCCGCUGCCAGCAGCCAGGAAGAGAGGAGCUCGGGGGCACACCAUGAGCAGCCUGCCCUUCUACUGCCGGGGGGAGGUGGUGAAAGGCUUCGGGAGAGGAUCCAAGGAGCUGGGCAUCCCUACAGCUAAUUUUCCUGAACAUGUUGUGGAUAGUCUUCCCUCCGAGUUGACGACUGGCAUUUACUAUGGCUGGGGCUGUGUUGGAGAUGGCCAUGUUCAUAAAAUGGUUAUGAGUAUUGGCUGGAAUCCUUACUACAAAAAUACUAAAAAGUCUGUGGAAACCCAUAUUAUUCAUCGGUUUGAAGAGGACUUCUAUGGUGAAAUGUUAACUAUAGUAAUUGUUGGCUAUAUUAGACCAGAACGAAGUUUUGAAUCAUUGGAUGCCCUUAUUGAUGCAAUUCAUGGUGACAUUGAUGAAGCGAAGAAACAGCUGGACCUGCCAGAAUUCAGAAAACUGAAAGACAACUACUUCAGCACUACAUCAAAUAAGAUCAUGAAUGGCCAUUGACUUUUUUUUUUUUUUUCUUUCUUUCUUUCUCUAAAAAGACAAUUUCCUAGACUCUAUCAUCUUGCCUCCAUUGCUGCUCU